GAAGUUUGCGCGGUGACGUCACGGCGCAGCGCAAGACGUAACCCCGGGUGACGCGCCGCCCGGAGAGCCCGUUUGUUUUAAUGUGGAAGUGGAUCUGACAGCCUAAUGCAAAUCAAGCAGAGGAAAAAAGGAUGUCAAGAGUGGCCUUCCUUGAUUUCAGUGAAGGACCAUUGCAGGGUGCCAUGGAUAUUAGCAGUGAGUUAUAACAUCUUAAUUCAGAGUCUAGUAUAAGUUCACUUAAUGGACAGACCAGCAAUAUGGAUGAUUUAGAGAUAAAUACUGAAGUCACUGGUGCUAAAGAAGAAGAAGAAAUCCUAUGUGAUGAUAAUUUCGCAUCUGAGGAAGACAGUGGCAUUCCUAAACCACAAGAGAGUGACACAUCAUUUCAGAAGAACAGUACAUUGCCUGAAGAAUUGUCACGGGACAGAUCUGAAAAAGCCUUAAGUGGAGGCCAGACUUCUCUGUUUAUGCACACUGGUGCUCCUUCUGUUUCUAGUGAAAACUUUAUCUUGUCUAGAGGAACUGCUGUUAAUGGACCAGUUUCACACUCCACCUCAACUAAGACUUCCAUUAUGAAUAAAGGCAGUGUUUCAUUAACCACUGGACAGCCUGUAGGACAUCACACAGAUUCCUGCUCAACUUUGACAGUGGUUCAUGAUGUUCAGCUGCCUUCAAAGAGUACAACACAGAAAUCAAAUCAGCACCAAGUUUUAUUUUUGUUACCUGAUGUAGCACAUGCUAAGAACCUGACUCAUUCCAUUAAAAAUCUACCUACCUCUGCUUCGAUUGGUUGUGAUUCACAGAAAUCAGUUGGAAAUAGUGUAGAUAGCACUUUAGUAGGCCAAGUAGAAGUUGGUGAGGAUGACAAAAAUUUACUAGUAAAAGAUGAUUGUGUCGAUACAUUAACAGGCAUUUCCUCAGGUACAGGUGGUUUCAGAUCGGGAUGUGAUCCCAGCUGGGAUCCACAAAAAGAGUUCAUACAGUUUCUUAUGACGAAUGAAGAAACAAUAGAGAAGUCUCCCAUUCACUGUAAAGCAGGCUUAGAAAAAAAGCGAAAAAGGAAAAUGGAUGUUAGUAAAAUAACUCGCUAUACUGAAGACUGUUUUGGUGAUACCAGUUGUAUUCCUGGUAAAUCAAAACUAUUAGAUGUUGACUUCUUAGAGCAGACUGAGGAGCUACAAAUUAUAGAACCACAGAAAUACUCAUUGAGUAAGGUAAAGCCUGAAUCCACAGAUGAAGAGCUGGAAGCUGCUGAUGCUAUACAGCAGCUCAUUUAUAGUCCCGCUAGUAACUGUGCAGAAGAUACUUCUCCUGUUCACACUAGCACUUUUCUUCCCAGUACUUUAAAAAAUAAAUGUGAACAGAAUGAUUCUGAAUCGCCAUCUACUUUCAGUACUGAUGAACCAUCGUUUUAUCCCUGUACAAAGUGCAAUGUGAAUUUUAGGGAGAAGAAACAUCUGCAUAGGCAUAUGAUGUAUCAUUUAGAUGGGAACAGUCAUUUCCGACAUCUCAAUGUCCCCAGGCCCUAUGCGUGUAGGGAAUGUGGAAGGACAUUUCGAGAUCGUAAUUCACUUCUUAAGCAUAUGAUAAUUCACCAGGAAAGAAGGCAGAAACUGAUGGAAGAAAUCCGUGAGCUGAAAGAGCUUCAGGAUGAGGGAAGGAGCGCACGGUUACAGUGUCCGCAGUGUGUAUUUGGUACAAAUUGUCCCAAAACCUUCGUGCAGCAUGCAAAGACCCAUGAAAAGGAUAAAAGAUACUACUGCUGUGAGGAAUGCAAUUUCAUGGCUGUGACAGAAAAUGAGCUAGAAUGCCAUCGAGGAAUUGCUCAUGGAGCAGUAGUCAAAUGUUCAAUUAUUGGUAGUGACAUGUCCCAGAGGAAAACACAGAAAAAGGCAUCCUUGAAAGAUCCGUAUUUAGGAUCCUCAAAAAAGUCAUCUACAUAUAUGUGUAAGAUGUGUCCAUUUACUACUUCAACUAGAAGCAUUUUAAAAAAACACAUGGAAUAUUUGCACCCAGCAUCAUGUAUUGAUCGCUUUGGUAGCCAUCUUAGACUAGAAAAAAGAAAAGGCAGCAUCAUAGAAGAAUCUUUAGAUUUUAGUAGCAGGACAAAACAGUUCAUCAAACAAUCUUCUACUUUUCCAAAGAACUCUGUUUUAAAACAGGAUGUAAAAAGAUCAUUUGGCUCUACUUCACAGUCCAGUAACUUCGCAAAACUUCACAAGAGACCCUACAGGAUACAGAAGGCUCGGAAAAGCGUUUCACAGUCAUCUAAAUUUAACUCUGCUGAAAAAAAAGACAGCUAUGAAACGGAGGAUGAAAGUUCAUGGGAUAAUGUUGAACUAUGUGAUUACACUACACAGUCUGUGGAGGAUGAAUCUUACAGUGAUAUUAAUCAGGAGCAUGCAAACCUGUUCCCCAUAUUCAAAGGUAAAAUGGAAGAUCAUGAAGCUGGUGAUAAAUCUGCUCUUAGUUAUGAGCAGAAUGAUGGCUUUUAUUUUGAAUAUUAUGAAGAUGCUGAGGGUAGUAACUUUCUGCAUGAUUUGCAUGAUCCUCAGAAUUUAGAAAAUGUAGGAUCAGCAUUGCCAAAGCAUAAUUCAGUUUUCCAUUGGACUGAUUUGUCGCUUGAAAAGAAGUCCUGCCCAUACUGUCCAGCAACCUUUGAAACAGGUGUUGGAUUGUCCAAUCAUGUCAGAGGACAUCUUCACAGAGCUGGAUUAAGCUAUGAAGCUCGUCAUGUCGUUUCACCAGAACAGAUAGCAACAAGUGACAAAAUGCAGCAUUUUAAAAGAACUGGAACAGGAACUCCUGUUAAACGUGUUAGAAAAGCAAUUGAGAAAUCUGAAACUUCCUCUGAACAUACAUGUCAGCUCUGUGGAGGCUGGUUUGAUACUAAAAUUGGAUUGUCUAAUCAUGUGCGAGGACACCUGAAGAGGCUUGGCAAAACCAAGUGGGACGCACACAAAUCUCCAAUCUGUGUUCUGAAUGAGAUGAUGCAAAAUGAAGAGAAGUAUGAAAAAAUCCUAAAGGCUUUGAACAGUCGCCGCAUUAUUCCCAGACCGUUUGUUGCUCAGAAAUUUGCAUCAAAUGAUGACUUUUUAUCUCCAAAUGUUAUACCUCUUGAAGCAUACCAUAAUGGCCUAAAGACUGAAGAUAUGUCUGUGUCUGCAUCGGAGGAAGAAAGGCUGAGUUUCCUAAAUGAAUGUGAUGAAACAAAAGGAGUACUACAUGAUGGGAAAAAAAAUCAGUCACUUACACUGAUAGAACUCCUGAAAAACAAGAGGUUAGGAGAAGAAAGGAAUCCUAUUAUUUCUCCUCAAAAAAUUCAUAAUCAAACUGCAAGAAAGAGGUUUGUUCAGAAAUGUGUUCUUCCAUUAAAUGAAGACAGUCCAUUGAUGUAUCAGCCACAAAAAAUGGACUUGACUAUGCAGUCAGGUAUGCCUGUGAAGCUUAGAACGUGUGUGCAUUGCAAUACGACGUUUACAAGUGCUGUUAGCCUGUCCAACCACUUACGCGCUUAUGCACGAAAGAAGAGUGCUGGACUUUUGACUGGGACAGCUUUAGACUGUAAGCAAAAGAAGUCAAGGUCAAGAUCUGGAAGCAAGAAAAAAAUGCUGCCAUUACCUCAUAGCGCUGAUGAAGUUUACAUACUCAGAUGCAGGUUUUGUGGUCUGGUCUUUCGAGGACCUUUGUCUGUUCAAGAAGACUGGAUAAAGCACUUGCAGCGACACAUUGUCAACGCAAAUCUUCCACGGACUGGAGCUGGCAUGGUUGAAGUCACAUCACUACUUAAAAAGCCUGCUUCAAUUACUGAAACUUCAUUUUCUUUACUGAUGGCAGAAGCAGCAUCAUAGAACAAGGAAACAUUUUAAAUUUUAAUUGGAUGUAAAUUUGAAAUACUUUGUCAUUUUUUUAAAUAAAUUGCUACACUAAAUUAUGUUUAUAAAUGCUAAAAACAGAAAAACAAAGGAAGUGGAUUGCAGUAAUAUCAAAAGAAAUUGAAUACUCAGCAGUUACAUUAAGUAGUCUUUAUAUUUUAUAUAGGGUGGAAGAUGUGUUUUUAAGGUUUAUUAUGUUUUUGUCAGUUACUGUGUUCACUAUCAAUACAAGACCAUUACGUGUAUGGCAGCCAUUUUAAAAUUGUUGCACAUGGGUACUUAAAAGACAGAUUUUAAUAAAAAAAAAGAAAACAUGUUCUCUUCAGUGUUACCCAAAUCAAGGCUCUGUUUAUUCCAAAAAGAAUUACAUAGUAAAAUAAGAUAUUAUUAUAUUUUGUUUGUAUGUAUGUAGUGUUUUGUAUAAUACCAAGAACUGCUAAUACAAUUUACUCAACUUAGGGCAUUAAAUAUCAUGUACUUCAUAGUUCAAGAGACUGUUUCAUUCAAAUAGGGCAGUUAGUACUAUUCUAUCUAGGUGUGUAAGUGUUUUUUUUUAAAUCACAUGAGGCUUUUUGUACUAAAAAGUGGAGGGAAACUUGUUUAAACAAAUUUCUAAGAGAAAUAUGUACAUAGUACUGGAAAUUUGUGGUAAGGAAAUAUUCUUUACUUCAGUUGCAUUUCUCACUGACAAUAAAGUGGUGCAUCCAUGCUACCUCCUACUUGUCAACAAAGAUGGUAUUUACCCUUAUGUUUUUGUAUCAUAGUAGAUUCAAUCCAACUUUCUUUAAUACAAAGCAUCUUUUUGUUAACAAGUUCAUUUCUUUAUGAUGAUUUACUGAAAAUCUGACUUGCUUACAGGUGUUUGCCUCUCUACUAUUUUAUUUAACACUGUAGAAAUGUACUGAUAAGCAUUGCUCACUACACGGUUAGAGUAGACUUCUCAUUUAUAAUUCUGUUUAAAAGAUUGAUCAUUUUAGAAAAUUCACAGAUUGAAAUGUUUCUACAUAUGAAGAGAAUGUUUACAACUUCAAUUUUAGAGCUUGUUUUGGAUGUGAUUAUAUGUAUGAAAACUGUAACACUAUGCUCAUGCUAAGGACCUACUUACAGAAUUACUGAAAUAAAUGUGCUGUGAGGAUGGAAAUACGGUGCAGGUGUCUUGGUCAUGAUGAUUGUGUUUAUUCAUUUAAACUGUCUUCAGAACAUGAUUUUUGUUCAAAUCAGAUCAGAUUCCUCUACAAAUCAAUUUUGUAUGCAAGUAACAUUUCAUUUUACUCAUAUAGGGUAACAUACUGUAGUUAAGCCAAGGAUAUGCAUUGAUAUUUUCUUUAUAUGUAAAUAAAGUUAAAAGCAGUUAAAACAAGAGGAGUAUUUUGGUAGAGUAUAUACAUACCUCACUGCCAGUGAAAUUGCUUUCCUAUGGUAUAUCUCCUUACCAGAAAAAUCUCUAAAUAAAAGGUUUAAAGAAAUCUAAAUGUCUAUAAUGUGAAGCAUUUAUUUGCAUUGUGUGAAUUAAGUUUGUGAAAUUGAUUUGUCUUGCUUGAGAUUAGAAUCUCCUCAUGAUCUUAAGUAAAAGUACAUUUACUUGCAAUAAACUGACUUGUUCAGAUGCAUUACAUUGGAUUGGUGGAAAAUAUGAAUAAAUGUCUGUCUUCCUGUAUGUGUGCAGUUCAGAGUUAACACACGAGGCUUUUCAAUGUUCUGAUAAAAUAGAUGGGCUAAAAAUGCACAGCUGUGCAGGACAGAGUCCUGAGACAAGACCAUCCUAGUUCUGUCAAGGCUAUCACUAAAUUAUUUCUAUCAGGUGUUUUACUGUACAAGUUGCUACAGAUAACUUUAGCUUUAUUGUGAGAUUUUAUUCCUUUUUUUUUGUACUGGAAAGUUCUCAUUAUUGCAUUUAAAGGGUGAAGAAAAAAUAGAGAUUUUAGGAAAGAUAACUGGGAUGUUGAAGUGUAUUGCAGACAAAUGAUGUAUAUGUAGGCUAAAAAAUUUCUAAGUUCAUAGGUGGUUUUGAUACUUUUUAAUGUGCUUUGAUGAUGGAAGAUUUACAGCAGUGUGUUGGAACAAAACAGAGGGAAGUAAUCAGAUCACCUUGAAUGUUUAUAAUGCUUUAAUAGUGUGCUUGUUUACCCUUCUCACCAAAAAAGGUGCUUGUUGAGAGCACUGUAUUUUGCGGCUGUUUAAGAGAUGAAAAAAAUCAAUGAAGUGCAAAUGAUAUUUAUCUAGUAUUGUUAGGAAUGCUUGUAAAAGUGAAGCCAUACUGCGCAGAAUUUAGCUGUAGCAAGAAGCUAUUAGGUUCAUAAUAAUUAAAAAAAUAAGUUAAUUCUAUUCAGUUCAUUAAAACCCAAUAGUGAACUGCUUUGUGUAACACUUAAAUGCGAGGUUGCACCUGAUGAGCAGGGAGCUCUAGGCCUGUCUAGUUUCUGAAAUGAGUUUGUUUUGACGAGCAGCAGUUUUCAGUGGCAGGCUUUCUGGGUUGGGUACACUGGAGCUGUUUGUCCUGCUUGCACAUAUAUAAACAUGAGUGUUAGUCUGUUCACAUUGGAUAGAUUGCUGUGGGUAGAGGCUGCAGUGGCAGAGUGACUCUUGUUUGGUUGAUUUUGUUCCCUUAUCACAAUCUUACAUGUUUCUGGAGAUACCCUGGUUUCUGGUAAAGGUGUCUCUUAGGUAGCAGCCUCUGGAAAAUAACGAAGGAAUUUUCAGAUCACUUAGAGAAGCCUGGGAAAUUGUAGAAGACCACCCCUCACGUUUUUAAAGAUGAUUGCCUGUAUUCACUACUUCCAGAGAUACUUCCAAAUAAUCUUAAAAAAUUAAAACUCCAUUUGCAUUCCUUGAAGUUCCUACAGGACCUUGAAACAGCAAUUUGGUGCUGCCAAGUGGUGGUAGUGUGUUCAGGCUGUGUACAUGGGAGAUGGAGGCAAGUGGAUGACAAGUGUUGGCUCACAAAGAUCCCUGGGCAUUUACUCUUGUUUGCCAUAUAUUGCUUCAUAUGGAUUGGGUGAAUUUUAUUAGGUGAACUGCUCCCACAAGCCAAGGCAGUCUGGUGCUGCCCACAGAUCCAACUUGUGCUUCUUUGGGAUUCACCUUACAGCCAGUGGUAUCAGGAAAUGAGCUGCUGAUGGGAGGAAAAGCCCAGGUCAAACAAUAGCUAACACCAAGCCAGUGGGGAGGGAGAGCAGCACCUCAUGUGCCAGGGGUGGCAAUUGUAAUAGUUGGGGUUUAUGUUCUGGGCCAGACUUUCUGUGUUUGAGCAAUGUGCCUGUUCGAAGUCCUACCUUUUCAGCCAUGCUCAGGGAAAUCACCAGGGUCUUUGAGGUAAGUGGAUCACAGGAGGAACAUGAGUCAUGAAUUGGGGCUUAAAGAAGUGCAUCCAUCCAAUGAUUCAGAAAGCAUCACAGGGAUAAGACAGGGAGAUCUGUUCCUGCAAAGCUGUUUUGACCAGUGAUUUUUCUGGGCCAGUUGUAGAUUUUUUGUGUGUAAUUAGUGCUUUUAAGAUUCAUAAAUCUUCUACCUGAUUCUGAAAUCUUACAGAAGAUAAACGUUGUCUGAACAAAUGUGGAAAAAUUAACAGCAAAUAACAAGUUCUUGCUUUUAACUAAAUGGUUGGGGCUGAGAAUGAAGCCAGUUAAGCACUAUGUUUAACAGACUUUUCCACUUUUUACCAUAGUAGUUAAUGGCCUGGAUACUUAAACACAAGUUUCAUAUUUUAAAAAAGAGUUUAUAUAGUUUUGACAUUGUUUUUUUAAAAAAUCUUUUUAGGGUGGUACUUACUUUAAAAAGCUGAUGCAUUAUGAUUUCAGAUCUUCCAAUCCACCAUGCUUUGUAGGUGCUGUUGCCUGGUACGUGGAUAGCAAUUUUGAUGUAAUGGAAACAUUUGGCCAUAGUGCCAGGUCUGUAAUCUCUUGCAAUAAAAUGUUCCUUUUUAACACCA